CGAACAUGGAGAAAUGCAUUGGCUUUUGUCCAAGUAGGCUGUCAUACACUUUAACUUACGCCAUACACUGCUGAAAUACCACGAGGGAUUCACUAACACUUGUUAUCCAAGAGAAUCGUCUUCGAGGAAAGUUUGGGAAAUGGCCCAUCUGAUAAACAGUGAUGUGUUCCUGGCCUUCUCCACAUAUGCCACCAUUGUCAUCCUCAAAAUGAUACUCAUGUCCUUCCUGACUAUAUACUUCAGGAUGACCAGAAAGGCCUUUUCAAAUUGGGAGGACACCGCAGUGGGUAAUAAGAAUCCAGAGGAGAGAAAGAAGAUGCUUCAGACCAAUCCUGAUGUAGAGCGUGUUCGAAGAUGCCAUCAGAAUGACCUGGAGAACAUCAUUCCUUUUGUGGUAAUUGGUCUUCUGUAUGCCCUCACGGGGCCGGAUCUCUCCUCGGCUCUGUUGCAUUUCCGGGUGUUUGUGGGCUCACGUAUCAUCCACACAGUGGUCUACGUGAUGGCUCUGCCGCAGCCCAGUAGAGCUUUGGCCUGGAUGGUGGGGCUAUUCACAACUUUCUCUAUGGCCUACAGGGUGCUCACCACUGCUCUCUUUCUCUGAAAGAUAGCACUUACCUCUUUUGGAAACCUUUUGUUAUUGUUUACAUGCUUUUUGCAGUCUUGCGUGAAAGAAGAAUCUAAUUUUGUCUUUUUUUAAAUUUUUUAUUAUUCAGCUUUUCAUUAAUCUGUUGGCUUUCUGUGCAACACUCCCAGCAAUGUCCUUUAUAGCAGAUAGCAAAUCUGAAACACCACUUUAUACUGCUGGAUAAUCUUUAACAGCUCCUGGCAUGCACAGUGGGAUGAAUCUAAUUUGAUGCUGUACAUUGAACAGACAUUUGUUUUGGUGUGUUUGUGUGUGUGUGUGUGUGUGUUACUUAUUAAUCACAAACUUUGAAUAACUACUUCGGAUUGUCUCAGAUUAGUAAUAAUUAAUACUAUGAAUAAUUCAUAACUAGGCCUAUGUAAGUAACUGGAAACUACCUAAAUUUGUGCAGAUAUUUAGCAGUUCUAUUUCAGUAGUUAAGACAUGCUUCAAUGAUAUCAUGAAGCUGUUUAAUUUGUAGAAACUUCUUUCAUGCAGUGUGUUAAUGCUAAUGAACACUAACAUCAUUAAAACUUGAUAGUCAUUGUCAAAAGAUUUCAGUAAUCUUUGUGUUUUUUUUUUUUUUUUUUUUUUUUUUGCAUUUAUUAAAGGAUUGACUGGAGUAAAUAAAAGGAAAUGUUUCUGAAAUGG